CCCCGAUGACAUCAAGGUAAUAAAAAUUACAUUUUAUCUUAAGCUGUAACUAGUAUAACUAGAUAACUUGCAUUGAAAUGCUAAUUAUAUAAACAAGAAUAUGAGACACUCGUAGUCAGUUUUAACAUUGUUACUGUGGAAACUAACCGAAAUUGCGUCCAAACAAAAACUUUACUCACAACAAAUUAAUUUGAUUAAAAUCUUAUUUACGCGCCACAAUAUCUGUAAAACAAAAAGUGAAAAUAAAUUUGUUUAUUUUAACAAUUUUCUGUUGUGAUCCAUUAACUAAUCAGCAUUAUGUCGGCUUCAAAAGUUUGGUCGAAAUUUUCUGUCACCAAGGGAGGUGAUGUCAUCAAUCUACGUGUAGUGGACAUGCCUGAAGAUCUCACUGUUGAAGUCAUGAAUUUUUAUGUCAAUUAUUUGGCAAAGGAAGAUUUUGCUUGCAAAGCAGCUGGAAUUGCAAAAAAUCCAGAAGCAAUUGAAGAAAUGCGUGUUUCCAUGUUGGAUUUUGCAAAAGAAAAAGGAUUUCAUGCUGUAAUCUGCUGUUUGGACCAUGGAGAUGGUCAAAUCAAGGAUUUUAUUGGAGCAUCUAUGAUGGCGCUGGUUACAAAGGAAGAACCCAUGCCUGAGUUUAAAUUCAAGGCAGAAGAAUUGAACAAAAUAUAUGAAAUAUAUUUUGGACUGGAAUCCUAUUACGAUGAAGCUAAGGAGUUUGGUCUGGACAGUUACUUCAGUGACAGAGGACUGUUUGUCCGUCCUGAUUACAGAAAUCUGGGCGUUGAGCAGGAGCUCCUUAAAGUCAGGCGAUUAAUUAGUAAAGAACGAGGUAUAUCAUUGAUCGGAACUUGGAUGACUACGCAAGACUUGCAGAAAGCUGCUGAAAACGAGGGCUGGGAGACGGCGUGUGAAGUGAAAUAUGAGGAACUUGGCCAAAAAUGCGGAGUCAAAUUUGACGCCGACACUGUUUCAUGCAAAUAUAUGUUUGCUAGAACUAAAUAAAUAAAUAACGUGUUUAUAUAUAUAUACAAUUUUAAAAUGUUAA